ACACCCACAGAGAGCGCUGUGAUUGGAAAAGCGCUACACUUGUUUUCCUGGCUGUCUUUGACUUUCAAUAUGGCUGCGCUUAGUUAGCUAGCUUAGGUGGUUUAAGUGUACUGUACUCUGUUUUUGUGUGUGUAGAAGUGUAGGUCAUGGCGGACAAAGAGGCUGGAGCAGGGGUGGAGAGUCACGGUGAAAAAGGGUUCAGGACACCUGGGCUGAGGAGCGUACAGACCACCACGCUGUUCCGGGCCGUGAACCCCGAGCUCUUCAUUAAGCCCAAUAAACCUGUGAUGGCCUUUGGACUGCUGAGCAUCACGCUAUGUGUGGGCUACUUGGGCUACCUGCACGCAAUGAAGGAAAAUGACCAGCAGCUGUAUGAGGCCAUCGACAGCGAAGGAGAGAGAACCACGAGGAGGAAAUCAUCCAAGUGGGACUGAUAGCACAGCCUUCAUCACUGAGUGUGUCUGUGUGGGGACAUCGCAUUUACUGGACUCAAACAAGGACACCUGUGUGUGUGUGUACAUUAAAGUGUGUUAUACAUACAUCUGCUAGUCUUUGUCCAGUCUGUGCAUAUAUAUGCAUUUCCUCAUUGCCUCAAAUAUUUGUUUGCAACCACAUCUAAUUGCCCCCUGGUGGCCAUUAGAAAGACUGCAGGUUUAAUGCAUUACCAUGUGCUACAACAAUAUAUUGUAUAGAUAGCAAACACAUCACAUGAAUCAUUUCGUUUUAUUGAACAUUAUGGAAAAACUGGAUAAAUACCCCAAAUUACAAAUGACA